UGUAACAUUACGGACAAAUUGGUUGAUUGUUUUGUUCUCCGCGUAUUGCCUUCGUGUUAUUUUAUUUUUGUGUGUGAAAAAAGAAAGUAGUUUAUUGUUUUUCAUUCGUUGUAGCAUAUUUGAAAUUUGAAUCCAGUUAAAAUGAGAGAAUGUAUUUCAGUUCAUAUUGGACAGGCAGGUGUCCAAAUUGGCAAUGCUUGCUGGGAACUUUAUUGUCUUGAACAUGGAAUUCAGCCGGACGGUCAAAUGCCCUCAGAUAAAACCAUUGGCGGUGGUGACGACUCCUUCAAUACAUUCUUCUCCGAAACGGGCAGUGGAAAACAUGUGCCACGUGCUGUAUUCGUUGAUUUAGAACCAACUGUGGUCGAUGAAGUUCGUACCGGUACUUAUCGUCAAUUGUUCCAUCCAGAGCAAUUGAUUACCGGCAAAGAAGAUGCGGCAAACAACUAUGCUCGUGGCCAUUACACCAUUGGCAAGGAAAUUGUUGAUUUGGUUUUGGAUCGUAUUCGUAAAUUGGCUGAUCAAUGUACUGGUUUGCAAGGAUUUUUGGUGUUCCACUCGUUUGGCGGAGGCACCGGUUCAGGUUUCACCUCAUUGUUGAUGGAACGUUUAUCGGUUGACUAUGGCAAGAAAUCUAAAUUGGAGUUCAGUAUCUAUCCAGCGCCACAAGUUUCAACUGCAGUUGUCGAGCCAUAUAAUUCCAUUUUGACCACUCACACCACAUUGGAGCAUUCCGAUUGUGCAUUUAUGGUCGAUAAUGAAGCCAUUUAUGAUAUAUGCAGACGUAAUCUGGAUAUUGAGCGUCCAACCUAUACAAAUUUGAAUCGUUUGAUUGGUCAAAUUGUAUCAUCAAUAACAGCUUCAUUGCGUUUCGAUGGUGCACUCAAUGUGGAUCUUACAGAAUUUCAAACCAACUUGGUGCCAUAUCCACGUAUUCAUUUCCCAUUGGCCACCUAUGCUCCUGUUAUUUCGGCCGAAAAAGCUUAUCAUGAACAACUGACCGUUGCUGAAAUUACAAAUGCAUGCUUCGAACCAGCCAAUCAAAUGGUCAAAUGUGAUCCUCGCCAUGGAAAAUACAUGGCAUGCUGCAUGUUAUACCGUGGUGAUGUUGUCCCAAAGGAUGUCAAUGCUGCUAUUGCUACCAUUAAGACCAAGCGUUCCAUUCAAUUUGUUGACUGGUGUCCAACUGGUUUCAAAGUCGGUAUCAACUAUCAACCACCAACUGUUGUUCCUGGCGGCGAUUUGGCUAAAGUUCAACGUGCUGUGUGCAUGUUGUCCAAUACCACAGCCAUUGCUGAAGCUUGGGCUCGUUUGGACCAUAAAUUCGAUUUGAUGUAUGCCAAACGUGCAUUCGUUCACUGGUACGUCGGUGAAGGUAUGGAAGAAGGUGAAUUCUCGGAGGCCCGUGAAGAUUUGGCUGCACUUGAAAAGGAUUACGAAGAAGUUGGCAUCGAUUCAACUGAAGAUGUUGGUGAAGGAGAUGAAUAUUAAAAAUCAACAUGAAUUCACCGCUUGAAUAUAAUUCAUAUAUGCCUUAAAUUCAAUGUUUUCAGCACAACAACACAUUUCAACAAAUUAACACAAUUAGUGAAAACAUUAAUCAUUUUUACUAAAAGCAACGGCAACUACAUGAAAAACCGAAAAUAAUAAAUGAAAUCACAUUUCGUUCACAAUUAAAAGUA